AUUCAGCCACUGUCAUGGCAAAGUGGACCCCUCCAGCUUUUACAGGCGCUGCAUCAGUGACCUGUGUCUCCACGGAGGUCUCCAGCCGGCACUGCGUCACUCCCUGGCAGAUUAUACCGCCGUCUGCUUUUCCCGCAAGGCUCCAGUUUAUGCCUGGAGGAGUCCUGGAUUCUGCUACCCGUCCUGUCCCUCCAGUACCAGCUACAACAUGAGUUCUGCCUCUGUUCACCUCUGCCUCGGCUGGCAGAACAACACAGUGGAGUUGCCUGUAAGCAUCGGGGAGAACUGCCUCUGUGAAUCAGGUUUAGCUUGCAGUGGCAACAUGUGUGUCAGUCCAGAAAGCUGCGGCUGCUUUCACCAUGGAGAAUACCUGAAGGCUGGACAGAAGGUGUGCUCGUGCAAGCAAAGCUGUUUAUGUCUCGCCGGGGGACACGUGGCUUGUCGUAAUGUUUCCUGUGGUGAGGAUGAGGAGUGUAAAAUCAUCAGGGGUGUUCAAGGUUGCCACCCCAAACCCAGGGUGGCACAGUGCUCCGUUGAUGGAUCCCAAUACGCCACGUUUGAUGGAAAGGACUUUGAAUUUUACGGCUCAUAUAACUACACCUUGGUGCAGACGUGCUCUCUGCAGAAAGCUGAUGUGGAGCCAGUUUUGAUAGCAGCGAGAGGCAACCACAGUCGGGGCAGGCAGAUCUACCUGCAAGUCAAUAAAAUGCAUUUUAAGGCGUCAAGAGCUUUUUGUGGGAAAAUUCAGGUAAAUGGAGUUUAUGAGAACCUGCCAUUCUCCCAAAACAACAUCACUGUACACCAGAAAAAUAAUGGCUGGAUAAGCUUUAAGGUCGCUGGGUCAGUUGAGCUGACAUCCGACCUACGAAAUCACAUUCUGGUCAAGAUCCCAGACGCCUACCAGCAGACAACCUGUGGCCUCUGUGGGAACUGCAAUGAUGAUCCCUCAGCUGCCCAACGGCACCGUGACCUCUGAUCCCAACAUAUUUGGGCCGGCGUGGAAGUUAUUUGAUGCCGACUCAUCCUGCUGAGACACAUGUGACUGAAAC